AGCGAGCGACCAUUGCUCACUACCGCCGCGCACCAGCGACCUGCAGCACAAACGCACGCCUCCCCAUAAAACAGGACCGUACCGCAAAGUGGACGGAGGCGGCGGCGGCUGAGAGGAGUGGACAUUUUCCUCCCCCGAGAAAAGAAAUCCUCCGGAAAAGCCAGGGAGAGUGAAAGAAAGAAAGAGAGACGGAGAAGUUUAAGCGGCGUGAGACAACACUUUGUUGUCCGUGUGACGUUUACUUUCUGCCUUUGAAACAUUUCAAACCAGCGACUCCUUCGGCUCCUGUCACUCGAAACUCAACCAGUAAUAAUAAUUAUUAUACUAAUACUCCACUCUAAAGGAUAUUACCACACUUCUUUUUUAUUGUAUCAUUCUCUCGGAGAGGCCUGUGACGACCAAGAUAAAACGUUGAACUUCGGAAAGGGACAAUUGACUGCAGCUAAAUAUCCUCGAGCACUAGGACCAUGUGGACGGCGCAGAACCAAGCUGUGACCAGCGACACCACAGGAUGAUUGAGCUGUGCACCACAAUGGUCAAAAUGCACUUUAUCCGAAGUUUCAUACCAUUAAUUAUUGGAGUCUUGACAAAACAAAGACUUGGAUUCUAAUUUUUUUUUAAUUUUUUUUGGUCUGGACUUUUUUUUUUUUUUUUUUUUUUGUUAAAUUUGAAAGACUUUGAAUUAGCAGAUUACCUAAAGGGCCUUCUCCAUGAACUGUAGAACUGGACUAAAAGCCCAUGUGUAGCAGGACAGCCACUUCAGCUUUCGGAAUAACAUAGCCUCAGACUUUUGGGGAGUCCACCCGAUCCGAUCCCGGCAGCAACCCGCCCUGUCAUCCGACUGUUCCACCUGUCCAAAGGCAGACCUCACUAUCCAAUGGCAUGGGUCAAGUUCUUCAGGAAGCCGGGGGGCAAUCUGGGGAAAUCGUACCAGCCGGGGAGCAUGCUGUCUCUGGCCCCGACCAAAGGACUGCUGAACGAGCCGGGCCAGAACAGCUGCUUCCUCAACAGUGCCGUGCAGGUGCUUUGGCAGCUGGACAUCUUCAGGCGCAGUUUGAGGCAGCUACCUGGACACUUCUGUCUGGGAGAGUCGUGCAUUUUUUGCGCGUUGAAGGGCAUUUUCUCCCAGUUCCAGCACAGUCGGGAGCGCGCCCUGCCCUCUGACAACCUGCGUCACGCCUUGGCAGAGACCUUUAAGGACGAGCACCGCUUCCAGCUGGGCUUCAUGGAUGAUGCCGCAGAGUGCUUUGAGAACAUACUGGACAGGAUCCACCUGCAUAUUGUGCCUGAAGAGACGGAUUCCUGCACCUCGAAGUCUUGCAUCACACAUCAGAAGUUUGCUAUGACGCUUUAUGAGCAGUCCGUGUGCCGCAGCUGUGGGGCGUCCUCCGACCCACUGCCGUUCACCGAGCUGGUGCAUUACGUCUCCACCACUGCGCUCUGCCAACAGAUAAAACAGCGCAGAGAGGAGUCUUUCGGGGAACUGUUACAAACGGCCAGUACGGUCGGGGACCUUCGAAACUGUCCGAGCAACUGUGGCCAGAGGAUCAGGAUCAGACGAGUCCUUAUGAACUCCCCAGAAAUAGUUACCAUCGGCUUCGUGUGGGACUCCGAUCAGUCAGACCUCACCGAGGAAGUCAUCCGUUCACUAGGGCCUCACCUCAGUCUCUCUGCGCUCUUCUACAGGGUAACAGAUGAGCACGCCAAAAAGGGAGAGCUGCUGCUCGUGGGGAUGAUCUGCUACUCCAGCCGCCACUACUGUGCCUUCGCCUUCCACACCAAAUCCUCCAAAUGGGUCUUCUUUGAUGACGCGACCGUGAAAGAGAUUGGCUCCCGGUGGAAAGAUGUGGUCAGCAAAUGCAUCAAAGGUCACUUCCAGCCUCUCCUCCUUUUUUACUCCAACCCUGACGGGAGUGCCAUCAGCACGGACGACGCUUCGAGACAGAACAGCGGCCAGUCUCACCACAAGCCUCCUGUCAACGGAGAAGACUUUGAGCCUCUAGCGUCAUCCCACAAGAAAUUGGACCUCACCAAAGAGAACCUGACUACUUUGUUGGGCCACGACUCUUUCAAACAGAAGACCCCUUCAACCUUCAGCAGGGGCAGCGGCCAGACCAGUGGAGGACGAGGACCAGUGAAAAUUGGCUCCGCUGAUCCGAAGAGUCGCCUGAGGGAUAUCUCUCGUGAAGUUGCCCAGAGAGCAGGAGAGGUGCGGGGGAUGAAUUCAUCCAGAAGAGAGCCUGAUAGGAGCGGUCAACGGAGGCUGGAGUCACGCUACAGAGAACCAGGUCAGGACAGGACCUACUCCCGCUCCGCUUCCCCUCCAGGGAAUGGCUUCAAACAUUACAUGGAGACCCGGCUGUACAGCAGCCAAGGAAAAGGUCCCAUCCGGACCGAGAGGACGCCGCAGCUCGGUGGCCGGUCGUCCCACGAGCCGCCUCACUCCCACUCCAGAAUCCAGGUGCUGCCCAGCGCGCCCGCCACGAGCAGCGGCCAUCACAACAACCGGAGAAUAGAGCAGCUGUCCAACGGGUACGACACGGACAGCAGCCAGGACUCCAGAGAGCGUUCCGGAAGCGGGGGGAACGGCCGCAGCAGGCCCAGUCGUCCGUGGAAGCCCAUGCGCGAGGCGCUGAACGUGGACAGCGUGUUAAGCGGCGCCGGCGGCGGGAGUCCGGUGAGCCAGGAUCGACGGCAGCACAGCCCGCGGAGGAGACCCAGCAGCCAGUCGCCUUCGCGAGACCGAGAGCGAGAGCGAGACAGAGAUUACGUGUGGGGAGGCCGGGAAGAACGGAAACCGAAGAGCCUCAUGACCAUCUACGAGGACGAGCAGAGGCACGAAACCGGCGGCAGCCGAAGCUCUCUGGACUCGGACGGCCGGGGGGGCCACAGCGACAAGGACAAAUCGAAGGGCUCGGCGACUCUUAAAGUGCGCAGCGACAACUGGAAGAUCCAACGAACUGAAUCUGGAUAUGAGAGCAGCGACAGGCUAAGCAACGGCUCGGCAAACCUCGACUCACCUGUUGUGGAGAACCUUUCUUCCAAGGACCUCCAGCCCAUACCCGAGUUACAUCUGAUGAGGGAUCACUUUCCUCCUCGAAGGAGUGACAAUUCGAAGGCUGACAUGCUGCACUCUACGUUUCCCGCCGAUGAACAAGGAAGAAAAUCUCCAGAUUCGCAAGACUCCAACAACCUCUCAAGUCAACAAUUACAAAGAAGAAGAGCUUUCCGAUACACACCGGGGAUCUUUGAAAAGAACGACGGCCUGGACAGCGAACAAGAGGAAAACGUGGACAGCAGCCCUGUGAGCCCCGUGCCUCCCUACUUGGCAAAGACCAGCAGUUCUGAGUGGAACAGCUCGGACGACCUUGCCGGACCUUUCUCCGAGCAAGAAGAGACUACCCACACAGAUCCUUUCUCACACAUCCACCCCCCACAUCCAUCCCACAAGACCUUUGGCAAUAGCCACGUCGACCCAUCUGGUGUUCCCUCCCUGCCACCAGAGGUGCCAGCACGCUUGAGCCCCCGCAACGAACCCAAAAAUGGCUUCUCCCCCCUCUCGCACACCGCCCUCCGGCGGUGGAUCGAGACACCUGCCGAGCACAGGCUUUCAUCCGACGCCAGCUCCAAGUCGGGAUCGUCAGACCAGGACAGGAACGACCUGUCAGCCAGCGAGAGCGACGAGCGGCUACCCAGUCCGAGGCCCGGACACAGCGACGGUACGGACUCCCCCUCCCUGACGGACAUGGUUCUUCCCACCACUUACUUUUCGGUGGAUAACUGUAUGACGGACACUUACCGGGCCAAAUAUCAUAAGAGGCCCGCCUUGUACAUGAAAGCGGAGGACCACACGUCAUCAGGGGAGAGUGAUGUCGAAGGGAGGGGGCUCCCUUUGACAGAUGUCAAGCCACCAGAGCCUUCCAGAAACAGAACAGAAUCAGGUUAUACUACCACUACUAAGACUGCUGCGAAGUGGAACCCAGUUACUCCCAAAGGACUCGAUGAGCACGGUUUCCUAUGAUCCUUGGGCUCAAUAAACUUUGAAUGACGACUGGACGCCACAAGGAAUCGUUAUGCACUACGAACGCUCCACAGUUUGACUCCUUCUAAAUGCAGUUUAUUUUCUCAUGUGCUUGUCAUAGCAGAAAGUUGGUCGUGAAACUGGAUGCCAAAGAGAUUGUUAGGGAAAAAAGAAAAAAAAAAAAAGGAAUAGCAGUCUGGCUACUAAAAGCUUUGAAUGGUUUAUUUGCACAGUGGAAAGGUACUAAAGGAAUUAUGCCUAAAACAUUAAGCUGGACUUCUGGAGCUCAAAUACAAAGGGUUAUGUUGGUAAAGAAUGUGUCACAUAAAGCCACUUUAAUACACGAGAAAUAAAGACAUUUAUUUCACACGAAGAGGAAAACAGUUUCUUCCAGACUUCACACAUCUUAUGGAAUGCUUUUGUUUUGUUGAACUACUCCCAUUUCAGUGUUACGAGGUGUCUGCCCCAAUUCUGUCUGUGUUUGACGUAAAAUACCUGCUCUCAGCGUUUGGAAGAACGCAAGAGAUUCCCGUUCCAGACAUGGAUUGUGGUUCGUUUUGAAGCGUGAUCACGGGCACACUAAACGGCACGAUUUUAAAAAUGGAUCCCACGGAUCCGUAUGUACAUGAACCUCCAGGACACCCACAUUGGUUUUUGGCUGAUGAGAUGUCUUUGCACAAUCUUUAGGGCGAGAAAGCUAACAUACUUACACAAAGUUUAAUAACCAGCAUAGUUGCCCUUCUAUUUCUGCCUCUGUCAAACCGUCUCUGAAUGAGACCUGAUAUACCAAAAUAACUCUGACAACCAGUGAGGGUGUCCGGGGCUUACGAGCUGAUGGGUAUUGAUUGAUUGAUUGCCUGUUCAGCGUUAAAGUUUGGAACAUCCCGAUUCCCUCUCAUCUGCACAUAUUCUAUCUUAACAUAUUUACUGCAUUAAUAUGUCUAUGCAUUGUGUUUCUGGUUUAUUAUUACUUUUAUUCUUUUCACACUCCUUACAGUUACAUUUACAAGUUUUCUGGCGAGCUGUUCCAUAGAAAAUAUCUCCUCUUGUAUGCAAGUCUGCCCAUGUAGGACAUGGACAGUUUAAUAGUGUCAUCUGCAGGGGGCGUUAUUAAAAGUAUGUUGUACUUUUUGCUAGUUUACUAAUGUCGGUUCGGAUGUCUUACAUACAUAUAUAUAUAUGUAUAUAUAUAUGUAUAUAUAUAUAUAUGUGUAUACAGCAGACUUAUGCGCAGUGCCUUUUGUAUUUUCUAUGUUGAGGCAAGGUUGAAUUGGAGCCAUGAUUUGUACAAGUCUUCGAUUUUAAAGAAUUUUUUGUAACAUUUAAUUUUAUUUUUAUUGAUUGACAAUUGUUAAAUAAACAAUUUUAUUUAACCAUA